ACGGCCAAUAUGUCAGAUAAGCCAAUCAAAUUCAAGGCCGGCGUUCUGGGUCGUACCUCUCGCGCACAGCCGUCUCAAGGUCAGGCCUUCAAGAUUCAUGGACGAACGGACUCUGUAUUUUGUAAACCGUUGUUUCUCGCGAGCUUUUGACCAAUUUCUGGAGCAGUACGUUCAAUCCUGAAGCGGCUGGAAACCUAAUUUUGAAAAGAAGAGAUGUUGUUCGUUAAUGCAUAACAAACAUGGCCGAUCAGAUCUACUCCAUGUGCUGGCCCCCGCCAGGGGGGUCAUCACAAUAUCAAAGUGAUUCUGAACAGCAUCCUCUGCCUCAUCCUAGGACAUCCAUUGCUCCAGGCAAUGCACUUGAAUCAAACAGUCAUGAAAUUGUUCCCAUGUCAACAGACUCACACCCCAGUACAUCACAAGAGAGCAAUAUGAAACGACCAGGCUACUGUGUGAACGGAAAGCCUAUAUCUCUGAGUCAUCUGGAGCAACAUGGUCUGGAAGUGGAGGUACCAUCGGGCAUGGUACUUGCUGGUGCAAAAUCACCAAUACUUGGUAAAAUAAUCCUGGUAACAGCUGUGAACAAGAGAUUUCUACCAUGUGAUACAACCACUCCUACGGUUCUUGGGUUCUCCGGGUGUUGUGUUGGUUGUGGGGACGUUCACUUUCGUUAUUUCACCGAGUUUGCGACACACAUCAACCUCCUUCUAGCGACACAGCCCAAGAAACAAAAGCAUUUGAAGUUCUAUAUUGUCCAAGAUAAUUUGGGUCGCCUGUGUCGAGGUCCGCGCAUCCUUUGGAGAGGAGUUUCAGAUACUCCUCGAAAAAGAACAUUUCCCUACCCCCCGGGCUUCCAAUCAGUCAUGGAGAAUAUCACGUCAUCACACAAGAUCACUGACGUCAGCUCUACGACAUACCCUACCAUGAUUGGUGGAAGUCACGCCAUGAGAGAAGGAAGAUCCUCAACCAGUUCACAGUCUUCCUGUGAGAGCAGCUCAUCUUUUGAUCCAUCUUCCACACCCCCCGUCUUCAAACGAAGCCGAGACGAUUUGGACGGGAAAAACGAAGACAUGUUUCCUCCUCACGCCUGGCUUGAGACGGUGUGUGGUGUUAGGCCAGUGUUGAUUCUUGGUUAUCCUAACACACCACCACAUUUCAUCAGCUCGUAUAAAGAAAUUAUACUCUCUGAUAUGCUGUUGGAUUGCUUCGAGUUUUUGAAAAGACCAGUAUCAACAAAUCGCAACCAAUCAAGACCAUUUCAAUCACCAGCGCAUCCAAGCCAUCAAACACGUGGAACCUUCAAUCACCCGGCUGACAUCAGAACUGCAGGUUCACCAUCCAGCGGUUUUACUCUUCCCCAGCUCUCCGCGAAUGUCGUCAUCAUACUGGUUGCGCAAUACCUUUCAACUUUGCCAGAGAACGCGACGAUUUGUAAAAACGAAAUACAUCAUCUCAUUCAGAAUAGCAAGGAACUGUUCUGGCAAACACACCAAGAAAACUCCACCAUUCAACCUUUCUUUCUUACCAUAGAUUCGACAAAUCUGGUCCACUUCACAAGCGUCGCGACGUUGCCAUCAAAAGGCUCCGUAAAAUUGGUCUCAUCUGUGCUGUCUCUGAAUGACGCCAUCAGCAAAGGCCUGGGUUUUUUGUAUCAAAUAUCCAAACACAAUCAACACAGGGAGACCAAGCUGCAAGUGCCACAUUAUUUAUUACUUGUCUCAAGUCCUCCCGCUCAAAGCCCGGAGUUUUGUAUACUUGUCACUGGUGUAAAUCAAUCAAAAUUUAUCCAAGAAAGACUGAUCAAUGAACAGUCUAGUUUACUUACAUCAGUUCAGCUAGAGGAGUGCGUGAGUUCCCUGGACCGAGCGUAUCAAAUGGUGAACGCCGCAAUUGACAAUCUCAUGAAACAAGUUGAGCAAUCCGUCGCCAAAACAAAGCUCGUAUUUCUACCUUUUAAUGGCAGCUCGAUCCUAAAAGCCACUGAGAAAGAAGCCGCGUGUAUGGUUCCAAAAAUGAGUCUGGGGUAUAGUUACCAGGACUCAGAAUAUGCCCUCCACGCGCCACAAGUGGCGUCAGCGCAUCAUUUGCUCUCCUGUGUCUUAACGUCAAAAGACGGGGCACCGUCGUACGAUUUACGUCACUUCUCAUCGGUCGAGUUCACGAUUGUUAUUCCUCCAUCACAGACUUACUUUCAUCAAAUCUUACAUCAAGUAGAAAGGUCCAAUGUUCUCGUCGAAUUAGGCCUCAGUCCUCCAACGCAAUCAAAAAACGCGGGAUUUUCACCGGAACACGUCAUUCAGAACGAUGGCUCAGAAGAGACGAAGCAACGAAUGAAGCAUUUUCUCACGAGUGCAAAAUCCUGUCAGGAUGUUUUGUUUGUGCUGGUGUGCGACGAAGCUCACAGAUAUUUCACACCUGAAGUUGCUACUAGUUUGCCAUCAUUUCAGGAGCUUUCUCGUCUACCAAACACUCUUAUCAUACUCGUCACACCGGUUCCAUACAUGUUUGAAACCUGUCAGUCAAGAAUUAGACCCGACAAUGAGGUGUUUUGGAGCGAUCCUGGACACUUUGUAGGUCCGGUGUCAAUGUCAGAUCAGAAGUUAUUAAAGAAUGAGGAUAAUCUGGUUCAUUUUGGGAUGCCUGAGUACAUCGAGACCUUGUGUUGGACGCAUCAGAUACCAUUGAUUCGUGAGGAUGAUGAGUUUGAGUGUAUGGUUUUGCGUGCGAAUGUCCUGUCAACUGUUCCGUCUAAUAUCGUGCGUUGUUAUGUAUUGAUUCAUCAUUAUACUACGGCGAUCAUGUGGUCAGCGGGCAUGCGAUCCAUUGAGCCUCACUGUACGUUCAAGACGCUGCAGGUCGUCAGAGAUAUCAUUGAAUGUCCCUUGUUUAGUACUUCUGGUCGGGGACCUAUGUUGAUAAUACGGAUUCCGAAUCACGUGCUUUCCUCGUGGGCUUACAGGAAGUUAAAGGAUACAAGAGACAGGGUUGGUUUUCAAUAUCGUUUCGCGAUAAUCUUUGAUGAUGGCGAGUCUGAUUUGGAAAUAGAAGAACAUUUUCUUAAAAGAUUGCGCGUCUGGAGAAAUAGCAGAGGCGGGAGCAAUACGACCAAUUCCGAUUGGCAUCCGACGUGUUUCGAAGAUUUACUUGACCUUCCGUCCAUUGUUGUGGUCAGCGGUAAAGAGAGGAAUGGGGACACGUACCCAAGAUCAUUGAAGUACUGUGACUUUCGGUUGUUGGACGAGCAUUGUUCGUAUCGAUCCAGUCUGGAACUUGAGUUUAACGCCGUCUCGCGGUAUAUCAAUAGUGGCCUCGGUACUAGUUCCCACUCCGCUGUGAAAAGUGGGCAUUCUGCUGACCAUGGCGAGCAAGUGCGCGAUGUUUCCGACACGGAGGGUGAUAGCCGAAACCAGUUUUGUUCCAGUUAUCCAUUACCAGUUUUACUGGUUUCUCGAGCAGCUUACAGCACCCUUAAAAAGGAUUUCUUUGGCUGUCCUAAAAACCUAAGUCUUGGACCAGACCCGGCCACUGCGUGGAACAACAAUCAAAGACCAGCUUUGGUCAGUGGUCUUCCUUCAGAGCAAUCCAAAUAUUAUCGUCGCUGGACAAAACCCAGAGAAAAUUUUUCUCGCAUGGGAAAGGACAAAACUUUUCUGGAUACAAGUCCUAUGAAAUUUUAUCCGGCGUGCUUUUUAUUCAGCGGUCCUCCUCAGGUAGGAAAGAUGUCUGCGGUACUUCAUUUUAUUCAAUUAUUACACAACACGCUUCAGAAGCUGCAGCGGGUAGAUGUUUACAAUGAAGUCCCAGAGUGCCUGGCAGCGUCAGAAGAAAUCCCUGGGUCAGAAAUGGACCAACCAAGUUACAAAAUAUUGUCGAAAAUCCCCUUCAACUCGACCCUUGUUGGUGCCAGGUUUUCGUCUGUCAGUGCUAUUCAUCGUAACGCCAAAAAAACAAAGCCAAUUGAAGGAAAAUUGUCAAAUGGUGACGUCAGCGGUGGAAAACGUGGCGCCAGCAAUAACCUCACAAAUAAUGACGUCAGUGGACAUGACGUCAUGGCUAAGGAUUUACCAACGUCAUCAGUAAUGAUGUCAUCAUUUGCCGCGUACGAUUCGUAUCACCACUGUGACGAUUGCAAGAAUUACCGCGAAGGUCUGGGCUCUAGUUUGUUUACGAAACACGUGUUCACACUAGGGACUGGUGAACAGCUCACGUUCGUAGUUCCGAGCACGCGCCGAGAGUGGUUUGUUUUUAACGACAAGAACGAACUGCAGACCUUGAAACUUCCGAUUGUGACACGAAAGUCAAAGCAUGCGCUAAAAUCUCCCAUCUUUAUGGCAUCACUCGGGCGGGCAGAGCAAGGUUUGCUGAACCUUUACCACGCUAUGGAGGGUCGUGAUGGUGUUCACGUUACUUUUGUGAAACACAGUGAAAUGCCGUUAUACCAAAAGGCAUGGUCGAAUCACGUGAUCGUUGCCUUGCCACCGAGUUGUAACUACGAAGGCCUGGGAAUGAUCAAAGAUAUAAUCAAGGAAUUUGCAACUCAAAACCUGAUAAAUGAACGUCAACGGCAACAAAUUGGAAACACCUCGGCUAGUAUAUUGUGGCCGCUUGUUCACAUCAUGGAUGAUUCUUGCGUCAUGUGGCAAAAUUUGAGCGUUGAUGACUUGAGCAAUUUCGAGGAGGAUGAUGUUGGCAAGCCAAGAGACUGGUCACUGUUCCGAGCAAUGCAAGUUGUAGAAUUUUCUCCAAAUAUCACGUCAUUUUCCAUCAUCGGGUUCAACCAAUGGGGAACUGGAAUUGAGACGAAAUAUAAGCUAAACUCGUACUCAGUCUGCCACGUUUACUCGUCGCUCUUUCUAAAUAUUAACACCACGCAUCAUGUGACUUAUAAUAGACGGUUGUUUUCAUGGGAGCAAGUGGACUUCAAUUUGAAACUAAGCGCCCACGGUGGUAUUAUUCUGCGGUAUAACCACAUGAACGUCCUGACGAAAUGUAUCCCGGCCGGGGGUGGUCGCCGUUACGAUGUUUCACCUCAUAUUGACGACAUUGUUUCCGUUCCUGAUCGGGACCCAGGCCACUUGAUUCCAAUCCCUGCUCAUUACCUUCUAGAGGAAUAUUUAAGACUCAAAUCGACUCAGAAGGUUUUCCCGACAGCCAAUCAGAACGUGCCAAACCCUGUUUUACUACUUGACUGUUUCAUUGACUUGGGCCCAGGGCUUACCGUGGAUUAUCGUACUUCGUCCUGCUCCGACCGUGAGGAGCCUGGUUCCAAUCGAUAUGGUGGACUUUUGCUGUAUCUUUGUAACGGAUGUCACGUGACCAAAGAACGUCUGCGCAGCUUUCAAUUUUGUCCUGGGGCGAAGAUAUGCGUGAUCAGCUCAGAUCGUAGUUCGUUGAGGGAUAACGUGGUGAAACUAGACCUUGAGGAACAUUGGAGGUUUAGAUUAAGAGAUGAAUUCAAAACAGCGGGGAGUUUGGGGGAUGGAGCUUUAUAUUUCUUAACUGGCACUUAUGAUGGUUGAAAUAUUUAGCCACUUGAUUCAAAAUGGGAAAAAAUUAGUCACCCUCGGAUAUAAACCCAAAUGACGGCUAGUUAUGACUAGAAGAUUAGAAAUGCACUGAGAACGAAUUGAGGACAAAUUUCGAGGAAAAAAAUCGAAAUUUCCGACGAAAUAUUUAACUGGUAUUCAUACCUUAACCCAACUGAAAUGAGAUCAAGUUUUGUGCUUAUGUCAUUCGUACGUUUUGUUUGUAUAUCCCUGAUGCAAUUGUUGUCCAGAAAAUUCCAGCAAUGCUUUAAGCACGCCUUUGUUUUCAUUAGAAAAAUAUUUAAAAGAUUUGUAAAUCUUAAAUGAUAUUGUGCGCCGAAUUAGAACUGUGUUUCACAACUCAUAUUCUUGGAACAUGAACAAUUUUCAUUGAAGCAUUAUAAGUAUUUACUGAGACACACAAGAGACAUUUCAUAUUUUCAUAGCUCUAAUAAAACUAGGGAAAGCACAGCAGAAAUCUGACCAUUUUUAAACGGAGUUUGUUGCUCUAAGUUGAGAGAAAUACAAUAUCAUAUUGAACACAAUAUCAAGAAAUAUUCUUAUCCUCUUCAACAGGAAAACACCAGUAUUUGAACAGGUUAUAACUUGCAACAUUAUCCGCCUUAGUGCAUAUUGUGCGAUUCAUAAUUUCGUUAAAACCACAUUUUUUUAAAUAAAAUUAACCGAAAUUGUCUGCAAACAUUUUUUUUGUGAAUGCGUUUCGUUGGACGAGUUUGUUGAGAGACUGCAAUAUUAAAUUAAACUAACAUGUGAAUUGAACAGGUGUCCAAGUAGGAGUUUGUUGCCAUAGAGCUGGAACGAGGCUGUAAAAUUGUCUAGUGUUGAUCAGAUGGCUAAAUUUUAAGCAGAAAUUUGUAUUUAAUGUGUGAUCUAUUCAAAGAUUGCCGAAAAUUACGUUAGGAAACGUGAAAGAAAAGCGAAAAACAGUUGGAAAUUUGGUCGUUUAAAGUUGAAUGGGGUCAGACGUUCAAUAAUGCAUUAUUUAUCACGAGUGGCGAGGAAAUAAUUCCUAUUUCAAAACUUUAAUCUUUGUGUGUUAGCUUUUCUCCUUCGAUAAAAAAGCCGCAAAGAAAAUAAUCAACACCGACUGUCCAUAUCUGUUAAAAUCUUUCCUGGGUUGGGCGCUUCAUCGUCACCGUGUAGGAAUAGUUCGCGGUAAAACCACAAAAUGUUCUGUUCGGAAUAUCAAGUGUGAUUGUAUGGAGUAUUCGUUAAAAUAUCGACAAAAAUAUGUUUAAUUGAAGUGCU